AUGGCCGAUGGAAUGGAGGGCUUCAUGACGCUGCGAGGAACCGACGGUGUGGCGCACCUCCAGGAUUGGCGUGCGCUCUUCAAGAUCCUCCGCGACGUGCAGCUGACGGAGAAGUUUGAGCGGCCGGUGGACAAGAAGUACUUGCAGCGAACCUUGGGCCUGGAAGAGGAGGAGGAAAAGGUUGAAAGGGAGGAUGGAGAGCCAAGCAAAGAGCCCGAGAUCGAGAUCAAGGAGGACGAGAACUUGGUUUUGGAGGAGCCAGAGGAAACCCAGAACUUCGAUCCCGAAGAUCCGGAGGGCGGCUCCGCAGAGAAUGGUGGCGCCGUCCCCUCCCAAGAGGAGCUCUCCAUGCCGGUGGGCUUCCAGCUCUUGAAGCACGUGGACUCCCCAGAGCCCGAGGAGCCCGAUGAGGCCUAA